AUGUUUGAGGAAAUUUGUGGUGAAUUAAAUUUAAAUUGGAAGGAAUUUUUAGUUGGGCAAUCGCUUGAUGGGGUUGCAUCAAUGCGAGGCCAAUAUAAUGGUCUUCAGCCGUUCAUUAAAGAGCAAAAUCCAUGUGCUACUUAUGUAUGGUGUUGGGCUCAUCGCUUCAAUUUAGUGAUUGUUGAUGCAGUAAGUUGUUGUAUUGAGGCACGUGAUUUAUUUGGCAUGCAACAUAGAAAUGCUAUACGACUUUAUUGGAAGUAG